AUGUCGUACACAAAUAAACGUCAUACAUACUACGGAGGGUUUGCAAACGAUUUGUCUGACACAUUUCAGUACCCUCAAAGAACAGAUGAACAAAGGCGCAAACACGUAACGUUUGGUCCUUAUAUCUUAGGCUCUACGUUAGGAGAAGGGGAGUUCGGAAAAGUGAAGCUAGGCUGGCCAAAGAAUCUUUCGAGCAGCUCUAAUUCAACCUUUGACUUCCCAAAACAAGUAGCAAUUAAACUUAUCAAACGUGAUAGCAUAUCGAGUGAUUACAGGAAGGAAGUUAAAAUAUACAGAGAAAUCAACGCCUUAAAACACUUAUCGCAUCCAAACAUCGUAAAAUUAGAAGAAGUAUUGCAAAAUUCUAGGUAUAUUGGUAUCGUCUUAGAAUAUGCAUGCGGGGGAGAAUUCUAUAAAUAUAUUCAAAAAAAAAGGAGGCUCAAAGAAGUGAAUGCAUGCAGGUUGUUUUCCCAACUAAUAAGUGGAGUCCAUUACAUACAUUCUAAGGGUCUUGUUCAUAGAGAUCUCAAAUUGGAAAAUCUAUUACUGGACAAGAAUGAAAACUUAGUUAUUACAGAUUUUGGGUUUGUUAAUGAGUUUUGCUCACGAAACGAAUUGAUGAAAACUUCAUGUGGCUCUCCAUGCUACGCAGCGCCUGAACUGGUGACAAGCGCUGAACCAUACGAGGCUAGGAAGGCAGAUGUAUGGUCAUGCGGUGUUAUACUUUAUGCAAUGCUAGCUGGAUACUUACCGUGGGAUGAUGAUCCAAAUAACCCUGAAGGCAGUGAUAUAGGAAGGCUUUAUAAUUAUAUUAACUCCACACCAUUGAAAUUCCCCGACUAUAUUCUUCCUAUACCUCGAGACUUAUUAAGACGCAUGUUGGUUUCAGAUCCCAAGAAAAGAAUAAACUUGAAGCAAAUCAAGAAACAUGAAUGGCUAAAGCCUCAUUUUUCAUUCUUGUCUAUAACACCUGAUGAAUGGGACAAGUUACACAACACACAGUCCGUAUUCAGGUUCGCGAAACCAAGAAGAAGAUAUGGAUCCAGACCACAAUCCAGUUGUUCCACCUCUUCUAUUGGCUCAAGAAGUGAUAAGAGAGACUCAUUGGUUAUUGAUUCAACUUUAAUCACUUUCCCCGCUCCACCCCAAGAGUCACAAAACCACAUUAUAGCCAGGCCGGCUUCAAUUGCGUCUGACCAGCGGCUGUCACCUAUAAGGAGAUCGAAUAGGCACAAUAGAAGUAACUCUGCUGCAUCUGUUGCUUUGCAGGCAGUGGUGAAUGCGGAUAGAGAAUAUGCGUUAAGUCAUGAACAAUCAUUAUCCCCAGUACAAAAUGUUAGACAAACCACGGGCAACAUGGCCACUAAUCUGUCACCUCCGCCAGUCAUAAGUCCAGGUGAUAUUAUAAUCGAAACCACACCGAUUAAAAGAAGUACAAUUUCUAGAAGUAAUAUUGUAUCAAACUUAGAAAAAGAAUCGUCUGCUAUAAUUCAAACAAACAAGGUCCAACCAAAUAAUAUGACUUCAUCACAAAAUCAUCAAUACAAUAAAAAUAAAAAUCAAAAUAGCCUCCAAUCUUCUAAAAAUUUCUACAGUACUUCUUCUUCAUCUCAUACAAAGCCUCGACCAACCUCAUAUCAUCCUGGCUCAUACACAACGCCUUCCUACAGUUCAAAUGCACUCCCCAUAUAUGAAAUCAACGAAAAAGCGAAAAAUAGGACUUCAGCACAAACGCUGAAUCAAAGAGACACAUCCCCAUUUGACUCCACACCAUAUCUUGCACUGGAUACAUGCAUAACCUCGUCCUCUUCCAUCGAAAGCUCUCCAAAAUUAAUUACGCACGGCCAGUUUUCUGUAGCAAAGCCCUCAGUUGAGUUGCAAAGUGUAUCUGGUGAUUUGAUCAAGUAUAAGAGGGACGCUGAUGUAGUAACAAGAAUUUAUGAUGAAAAAUACAAACAGAAGCGCAAAAGUUUGAGAUAUAGCGGCAUAUUCAGUGAUAUAUCAUGCGAUACAGUCACCGAAGAGUCUGACGAUUUGAGGUUACCAGAGUCCCCUGUUCAACAACAUGAAGGACGUGAAUCGAUAGAAAAGACGAAAGUGGAGAACCCCAGUGAAAAGGGCGGUAAAAGUAGCAAAAACACGAUAGCUUCAGCGAAAAAACAUGUCAAUAUCCCAGCAGAAAGAUCACUCAACGAAACAGAAUCGGCAAAAAAAAGGUUCAGCUUUCUUUCCUUAUACUCUUAUGAUACUUCCAAAUCCAGUUUAUACUCAUCAAUGGAUUCCAAGCGGAAACCUUCGCCACCUUCCCAGAGACGUCCAAAAAAAGACGACAGUUACACAAAUUCGAGGAAUUCUCUUACCGCAGCUUCGAAUAUAUCAACAUCCCAUAAACUCACAAAAGAUCAAUCCAUACCAACGAUGGCCCGGGAUAAAUGCCCUUCAGAAACUAAAAAAGCAGCCCGAAGUGAGAGAUCAUCCAUAAUGGUAUCUGAGGUCAGUAAGGCAAGUGUAGACAAUAAAGCAAUUCAAUGUCCAGAACAUUCAACUGCCAAAAGAGUAUUGGGAUUUUUCAAAAGAAGAAGCAUGAAGAUCUAG